AUGAAUCUAGAAGAACUGGGAAUGGCAAUCCCUCUACAUGUCUCUCUAUAUCAGUUAAAUACUUGGCAUUCUCAAUCUUCACAAGAAGGCAUACCUGGAUACUUAUUAGCAUUGGAACGUAUAUGUGCUGAGGUUUCACUAGCUAUUCAACAAGGCUUCAAGGUUGUUGUAUUGUCUGAUAUUGCAACCAAUGCUGAACGUGUGGCAAUCUCAUCCCUAAUAGCUAUAGGCGGUGUGCAUCAUCAUCUGGUUAGAAGCAAGCAACGUUCUAAAAUUGCUCUUAUAAGUGAAAGUGCUGAAGCAAGAGAAGUUCAUCACAUCUGUGUACUAUUAGGUUAUGGCGCUGAUGCUAUUUGUCCUUAUCUUGCUAUGGAAGCUGUAUUGAAAUUAAAAAGAGAAAAUGUUAUAAAAAGUGAUUUAUCUCCUGAAAAAUUUAUUAGUAAUUAUAAAAAGUGA